AUGAAGUCCUCAAACCUGACCCGAAGCGUAUUCCGCGCAAUCCUCAGUAACAAACCAUACCUAGCUCGGGACUGUCAAAGACGCCUUGGGAGCAGGCUGCCACAACAUUUCCCCGCAUACAGAUAUACUGUACACCAGAGACGUGGGUUUUUGGGCCUAAAUCUCGGAGGCGCCGACAAAGGCCUUCGUGGCGCCAGGAGUACCCCGACAAACGUUGAGCUUGCGUUGAGCAAGUUUGUUGAUGUUGUCAGAGCGAGGAGAACAAGCUCCCGAUUUCCUCCUGACGAAGAAAUUGUCGACGCCUUCAGGUUCCUGUUCGCCACGAGAAUUGAAUCACCACGACCGUUGACAAGAAAUGAAGUCUUCCUUGCCAAUGAGGCAUUCAGACAUUUGCAAGAGCGUGGCCAUAUAUUGUCCGGGGACGAAAAGACAAGCCUCACUGAAGAAGAUCUUGAAAAUGUCCUGCUAGCCUUGGCCUCGUCCAGUGGCAGAGAUCGGUUUCGGACUGAUGCACGGAUACUUGCGACUCAUGUCUUCGACUCGCUCAAGGAAAGGUUUACGGCUGCUGAAGAGCUCCGCGUUUCUUCAGAGCAUGGGAAACACCCGACUCGAGGUUCGUUACUGGCCUCCUACAUUACCGUCUUGGCCACAACUGGUUCCUCUCAUGAUGCUCUCGAGCUCCUGCGGCAAUCACCAGAGAGAUCAGAGGACCACAGCCUAUCGCUGUGGAUGGCUAUUUUGAAGGGUCUAGCCAAGGAGGGGAGAAUGCAAGAAUUCUGGCAGGUGGUAGAAGAAGUACAAAGUACUUUCGGGCCACUUGAUGCCAUGUCGCAAGAGACAUUAGUAACCUUGUUCGCCGAUCACGGCGAAAUUCACCCUUUGAAGAAGAUUCUCAACCUGCCUCUGGAAGAUGGUCAGGUCCCGACAUCUACUUCACUCGUCAAAGCCGUUGACUGCGCCAUAACAAACGGUGAAUUAGAAUGGGCAUCUGGACCGGUCAAAUUGUUGCGGGAAAGGGUCGACUCAGGAGACAUGGCCGGGACACUGCUUUUGUGGCACUUUGUCCGCGAUUCUGAUGUAGCUCACAUUCGCGGUAAGAUCGAGCAAUUGGCAGAUUCUGGUGUUACGGACGCUCUCAGCAUGAAAGCCUUGAAUCGUUUGAUCGAAUAUGCAUACUCACAGAACAAAGCUGACGACGCUUCCAAGUUGAUACAACUGGCUGGAAGUUUGGGACUGAGACCUGACGCCAAAACACGAUCAUUUCAAUUGGCAUAUCAGCUCAAACAGGGCGACCGUACUGCAGCUGCUCAGACCUUCGAGCUUCUCUUGAGGGAAGAUGUUCCCAUUGAUCGUUCUGACGUCCCGGUACUCAACCAUUAUAUUUCGGCCCUAUCGUUCUCUGGGGACCACGAGUACACAAGACUCAUGCAAGUGGUCGACCAUUUGUUGGAGAGUGGGGGCGAUCUCGAAGCCGAAGCAAUUGCCGGAUUGUGCCAUGUCUUCCUUGAAAAGGACGAACUGGACGAGGCCACUGGGUUACUCAGACAUCGAGUGGACUCGUAUCCUAUGGACGACCGAGCACGCAUCGCUGCAGUUUUCCGUCAAUUCAUUGUAAGUCCAGCUGUCAAAGAUCAGCGCGCUUUCAAUGCCUAUGAGCUUUUCCGUCAUGCUUUCCCUGAAAGCACAGUCGAGGAGCGCCUGCCGCUUAUGCAAUCGUUUUUCGACCGCGAUCGUCCCGACCUGGCCUGCCUGAUUUUUGGACAUAUGCGGCAGCAAGACGAUCUUCAAGCCCGUCCAACUGCUCAGGCUUAUGCCAGAUGUUUCGAAGCUAUUGCCAAGUGUAAAGACAUUGAUGGUCUACAAAUGAUCUAUAACAUGCUAAAGCUUGAUCUGGAAGUCGAGCAAACGACACGCAUCCACAAUGCCCUGAUGGCGGCGUAUACAGAAUGUCAGCAGCCCUUCGUGGCCAUCAUCGACCACUUCUGGAAAAUCAUGGACUCGCGUGAAGGCCCUACCUUGAGUUCUUUCAUGCUAGCUCUGCGCGCCUGUGAGAAGUGGAUUCCUCAGGGCGGCCACCAAGCCAGACAUAUUAUGGCACUCAUGCAAAGCUUCGACUUGAUCAUCACCAAGGAGGUGUAUGAAUGCUAUAUUGGGGCCCUGGCCGGGCAAUCCGAAUUCGAAAAUGUGGUGGAGUUGAUCGAUCAAAUGGAAAAUGACAUAGGCGAGCCUCCUGACGCCAUCACCAUUGGGACUUUCUACAAUGCUAUCCCGUGGCAAUUUCGGAAAGACGAGGUGGAGAAAUGGGCCAAGAAGGCCUAUCCAGAGUUAUGGGCCGAGCUAGAGUCGUAUGGAGACGAAAUUGAUGAAGAGUGGGAGAUCAGGUACUUCAAGCUUGACCGGAGUAUUGACAUUGAUGACGAGCUGUUAUUUGGGCCCGGUGACUAUCAUCCGGUGAUUGCACAGGAAACGCAAAUCAUGUUGGAAACGCCAGUCACAACGAACUGA